AUGGCUCGGUGUGACUUUUGCCGCCUGCUCACUCUCGAAAAGCUACGAGGGCGCCUAGCCUUUCAUCCCAACCUCGCGUCUCUCAAGAAGAGUGCCGACAAUGGUUGCGACUUCUGUUUCCUUUGCUGGGAAGGCUUCAAAUGGGAAUGGAGCACGUCGGAAAUUGACUCUGCACUCAACGAUGAAGCCCCAGAGGGAGUUGAAGACUUUGAUCCUACGAUCUGGAUAUACGGUCAUUUUCAAGACUUUUCCGCAAAUCUCUCCCAGCCACAGGUAAAGGUGGCAUGUGGAGAGAUAUCUGCCAUCACUGGAGGUCAAGAGAGGAAUGAUGUCCUGAACUGGGUGACACUCGCCGUCUAUGCCGAAAAGGGGAGCCGCUAUAUCUUGGGCCGGCUCUGUACAUCGGAUCAUGACCCUCAUCUUUACGUUGAUAUGAUCUACACAUGGCUCAGUCGAUGCGAGAGGUUACACAGAUCGUGCGACUUAAGUGGCACAAUAGAGAUGCCUACCAGGCUCAUCAAUGUCGGCAAUCCCCAAAAGGGCCAGGCUCCGCGACUUGUGAUUACGACACCGACAAUGCAGGAGAAAUAUCUUGCUUUAUCAUACUGCUGGGGUCCUGCAACGGAUACUUUCACUCUCAACGGCUCAACCAUGGAAGGAAUGCUCAUCGGUAUCGAUGAAUCUCGCGUCGUGGCAGCACAUCGCGAUACAUUUGCUCUGGCUCGUACACUCGGCAUUCAGUUUGUUUGGAUCGAUGCGUUAUGCAUAAUUCAGGGCGAUAUCCAAGACUGGGAACACGAGUCUAAACUCAUGGCAAGAGUAUACGGCAACGCGUUCCUCACGGUUAUUGCCGCGAGGUCUUCAGAUGCCCGCAACUCUUUUAUUGUCAACCAUCUUCAACAGCGGGCCCCUCCUUGCAAAAUACCGAUGGAUGAAUCAGGCUCGGAAAGCGCAUUUAUAGGAGUGAGAAGGUCGCGUGACCUUGGUCAAACCGAGACCCGGGGUUGGUGCUUUCAAGAAAAGCUGCUCAGCCGUCGUACCGUCAUCUUCGCGCCAGAACAGCUCGUUUUCUCGUGCCGCAGUCGCACUUACUAUGAGGAUGGUCAUGUUGGGGAUGAUAGUAGCACUACAUCUCUCCAAGCUGUUCUCCACGGGGUAGAUGCGGAUCUCUCAGUAAGGAGGGAGAAGCUUCUCAAGCAGUGGGACUGGAUUAUUUUCACUUACACUAAGCGACAGCUGUCAAAUCCCCAUGACAUUUUUGCCGCCAUCGCCUCGAUCGCCUUCCCUAUUUCGGAGGUCUUAGGGUCGCGAUAUCUGGCUGGUCUAUGGGAAUGCGAUCUUGUUCGCGGCUUAUUAUGGAGACCCGGUCAUCUGAUGGGAUCCCGUUUUGGUCCAGGGACAAGACCCUUACCAACAAGAUUUGCUGCUGCACCUGUGGUUCGGGCACCUUCAUGGUCCUGGGCUGCUAUCCAAGGCUCUGUCUUGUACGUGAGCCGUGAUGCGUUCAAACGCAAGUUGGCCAAGUAUCAGAGCCAAGGCUUCAUAAAAGUCAAGCCAAAGUUGCGAAACCCCGAUCGAUGGUCACCAGACGUUCAUUUCAGCCCCAAUACCCUUCAUAUGCCAUACUGUGAGAUCCAACUUUGGGGGCGCAUGGCAGAAGCCAUUGUUCUGGAAACAACUGACUCUGAAUACCUCAAGAACCUCAGCAAGCGGUACUGGUACGUGCCCACAAUGACUUGGCACGGAUCGCUGCUUGGGCGUAAGGAUGCAAAGCAAGGCACUGCUAAGACGGAUCUCUCACUCUUUGUUGCCCUUGGAGCGUUUGAUUUCGCUACUGAGAAGGUUCAGGAAAUAUGGUGUUUACAGCUCACGGCCGAAGAAGGUCUAAUGCUCCGCGAAACACAGGACGGCAAGUUUGCGCGUUUGGGAUGGUUUAUUUUGGAUAACAAGACGUGGCUUGACAACAUCAGAGAAGUCGAAGUGAGUCUAGUAUAG